UUUACAGGGAAGACGAUUCAUAGUCUGAAUAAAAAUGAGCAUGCUCUGGAUAUGGCUGCCCCCCUUCAUGAUCGAUUAGGUGAUAAUAUAGAUGCGCCUACUUAUGAGAAUGCUUCAGUCAAGACGAGAAGAAAUGUGCUGCUUCUGGGUGAUCACAUUGGUGACCUGGGAAUGUCUGAUGGCUUGAACUAUGAGAAUAGAAUUUCUGCGGGAUUUCUGAAUGACAAUGUUGAGAAUUCUCUUGAUAGCUACCGCAAAACCUUUGACAUUGUUUACCUGAUGCUGGUCCUCCACAAUUUCUUUAUGUCGAUGCAUUUGAUGAGGUUCCAGAUGAAUAUUUUGAUGAUAUUUUUAAUCAAGCUUCAAAAAUUUCCUAUAAGAAGUGGGUAAUGACAACGUGGGAACAAUAGAGGUGCCUGUGUAUGGACAUAAUAUUGGCAAUCAAAGACAAAUUGGGGUGCAAGAUCAAUGAAUUCGAGACCAACUCUUAAUAUGCAAAUAGGAGGUGCAAGUUCUGUGAACCCAAGGCAUAUGGGAGUUAGCAUUAGGCCUCCACUAUCGAGGCGAAUGGGAGGUUCAAGUGCCCGAUGGAACCCACCAGAAAAAGCAACAAAUAAGAAAAAUUCCAAGUCAAUUGAAAUUGCUUAUUUUGGUUAUUGGCCAAUAUUUUGUGAACUGAAGUUAGCCUUUACUUCAUAAUGUAGUUUAAUAGUUUCUGGUUGUUGGCCAAUAUUUUGUGAACUUUCUGUUAAAAUCUGAAAAUUAUGGAGAGGAUGGAGAGAAUCACAGAAUGUAUUUUCUGGUUUCUUAAA